AUGUUUGAUGGAGCUUUUGAGCUACCGGAAAACUUUGAGCCUACUGCUCCACCACAUAAACCGGACGAACCAUCUACUGAGAAACGAUUCGACUUCCUCAGCUCUCCCAAUGAUAACCGUUCACGUGCCAGCCAUAGUCUAAUUAGCCCCUCACUAUCUCAGCUUGUCAGAAGUCCAGCAGCCAGUAAGAUCUAUUCUAAUCCACAAACUGAGUUGUUAUGUGCUAUGCUAGAGCUAACUAAUCCUAAUGCUAUUCAUCUGGGCAAGCAGUCCUAUAGCCUAGACGAGUUGUCAGCUCAACUAGCAAGACGUAACGAAGAGGCUGAGGAUGAUAAUGAAGAUGAAGAUGAAGCCUACAUAGAAGGGAAGGAAGAGUGGGGAGACCAAGGCGAUGUACCGGAAACAGCAGUUGGUGAUUUACCAUUAGUAACAGAAGACAUACAUGGAAAACAUAAGUACCUUGAUGACGAAAUUGAUUUAUCAUCUGAAUACGACCCAUUAGUUUGCCAUAUAUCGCCUCAAAAGAUUAGCUGCGCUCGUCGCCUUGUUCUCCCAGAUCCCAAGUUCGCUCCGACCACCCCGAUACCAAGUGUACGUAAUCCAGAAGAGGUGGAUCUCGGUUCACCAAACAAUGACUCUUGCGAAUCUAAUGAAAGUCCUGCGGAUACGGAAUUUCCUGAAAAGACAUGUGAAGAAUAUGUCCCGCAAUCCCUAUGGUCCUCCAGUCCAUCUUCACCAAAAAGGCAGCUUCCCUUAUACACUGCCAAACCCACAUUGACACAAGACUAUGCGCCUACAUCAAGCGCUGAGCAGGCCUCAAUC